GUUGUACAAUUUAUUUAGUUGUUCAUUGCCGAAGUCAUUGAGAGGUCUAAAAAGCAAAUUCUGUAAAGUGUUUCUGUGUCAGCAUGGCUAGAACAAAGCAAACUGCCCGUAAGUCAACUGGUGGAAAAGCUCCAAGGAAUCAGCUUGCCACCUUGGCUGCUCGUAAGAAUGCUCCCCCAAUUCGUGAAUUGAAGAGGCCUCACAGAUUUCGUCCUGGUACUGUCGCUCUUCGUGAAAUUCGUCGUUACCAGAAAUCCACUGAGCUUCUUAUACGCAAGCUGCCCUUCCAGCGUCUUGUUCGCGAAAUCGCUCACGACUUCAAGACUGACCUUCGUUUUCAGUCGGCAGCCAUUUGUGCUAUUCAGGAGGCAUGCGAGGCCUACCUGGUCGGCCUCUUCGAGGACACCAACUUGUGUGCCAUCCAUGCUAAGCGUGUCACCAUCAUGCCCAAAGACAUGAAGUUGGCACGUCGCAUCCGUGGUGAGCCGGCAUAAGCUGUUUAUGGCUCAAUGAUAUUCAUGCAAUAAAUAUCUGCUGCUUAUACUCGUACACCCAUAUGCAUGUAGCGUGCUUCUUGGACUUUGUACGAGUAGGUUUUGGUGAUAGAUUUUCGGUGUGUCACAUCAGAUCUCCAUGUACAUCAUGCAACUUACUUUGGUCUCGUACUUGAGUGGUAGCAUAUCACACACCAACCUGGAAACACUAGCAUGCCAUAAUGGUUAUUUUUAGUGGUUGGCUCGUAUUUGUCACCAUUAAUCCCAUCUGUAGAAAAGGAAUUGUGUGUUUUAUCGGAGAUAAGCUGCUUCUGGCUUACUGAUAUUCAUGCAAUAACUAUCUGCUGCUUACUGUAUACCCGUACACCCAUUAUGCAUGUAGCGUGCUUCUUGGACUUUUUUACGAGUAGGGUCUAGUGAUAUUGUAUUUUCGGUGUGUCACAUCUACAUGUAAUUGCACAUCAUGCAACUAAAUUUGUUUGCUUUGGUCUCGUACUUUAGUGGUAGCAUAUCACACACCAACCUGGACACACUAGCAUGCCAUAAUGGAUAUUUUUAGUGGUUGUCUCGUAUUGUUCACCAUUAAUCCCAUCUGUAGAAAAGGUUUUGUGUGUGUUAUUGUGGUGAGGGGAGGCAUUGUUGUAGGAUUACAGGACAAAAACUGUGAGUGCCAUAUUCUGCAAGGCUAACAAAACGGAGCCCACAGUACUGUCUGCAUUUGUGAUAACUGAUGGAAAUUUCUGUGAAGUGUGAAUGAUUGUGCCAAUCAUUU